AACACCUCCCACUGUGAUACGAAACGCAGCGUUGAACGCGCAGAGAUGAGCUAACAGUGCUAACUCACUUUAACCCGAGCUAAGACUAGUCUUGUUGUUUAUCACAUGCGGAGUGAAGCACCAGCUUCCCGGGUAACUAGCCGGUGACUCUGUGUGUAACAGCAGGAAGCCAUGUGUAUAACACGGGUCAGUUCCAGCUGUUGUUUUGUUCUCCUCCUGGGUUAAUGUCUGUUGUUGUUAGGCCUGCUUCACGUUAGCCUAGCUUAAGUAGCGCCUAGCUUCCGCUGGUUCCCGGAGCUCAUCACGUCCCACAAAGGGCGAGGGGGAAAUGACAAACCUCGGCAGCGGAUAACUUCACACAGCCGGAGUGUCGCCAGGAAGACAACUUGUGUCUUUUUGACCAGGGAUCAGCGAGUUAUUCACCAACUAUGAGAGCCUCAGCUCAGUGACAUCACACAAACAUGGAGCUGUACUGGUACAUAGUUGUCAUCAUAUUCAUCAUCAUCAAGAUAUUCUUCUAUGUGUGCUGGUACCGAUCCAGACAGAGGCAGCUGGCGGCCUACCUGAGCAACCCACGCAAUGCCCAGAUAGUCAUAGUCGGAGGAAGAGCGUACCUCCAUCAGAUGUGUGAGCGACAGAGUCAAACAUCUGUGUGGCCGAGCUGGUAUGGCGUUCAGGAUGAACUGUCAAUAGAGGAGCCCUCCACAACGCUGCCGCCCACAUCGUCCGUCUCCCACCUCGACAUGCCGCCACCAUAUGAGGCAGUCUCUGGAGAGGACGACCUCAAGCCGCCUCCCUACAGCGAGUGUGCUCUAGUCGACGAGACCGACGCCCCCUGUCCCUCCCAUUGCACUCCUCUCAUUCCUGAGGAAGGAGACUCGUCCAGCAUAAAUGAAGCCCCGCCUCCCUACACAGCGUCCCCCUUCACACAAGUCAGUCUACAAGACGGCCCUAUUAGCCUAAGUGAGUGCGAGUCGGCGAGCAGGUCCGCUUAAUCGAUCCCCGACGCCAGUUUGCCUUUUCCAUGCACUGCCUUCCUAUCUUCAACCUCAGUGAUCGUCGCCAGCCUAACUCUCAUCACAUGAGUGCAGAAGUUUAUUUGGACGCAAGUGUGUGCGUGUGUGUUUGGUGGUUUUCAGAGACAACUUGUUUUUCUACUUUGCAUUGUUGUCAUCAAAAAAGUGGUCAUCUGACGAGCGUGGCGAAAACAGAUGACAACAGCAAGCCUGUGUUCCUCAGUCAGGACCGCAGAACCUGCCUCCCAGCAUGGAUGAGGGUAACACCCUCGACUCAAAGCUCCCAGGAAGUGGCCAGGGUACAGAUAAGCAGAGAGAGAAGAGACUUUAAAGUGUGUUUUGUUUUAUUUUUUAUAUUUCUUUCUCCCAAGUUUUCUGUUAGUUUGAGGCCACUUCCUUUCACAGAUUAAUUCACUUUUAAAGCGGGGGGGAGGUUGGCGAAAUCAGAGGCUCGACAGUUGUUAGUACAUGCUGCUGUGCUACACAUUACUUCAUGCUCGUGUGUUGACACUGUUCUCAAAACAAGAACUCAACAACAGUCUAUGGUGAUAAAUGAACAGUCUCAACUUCUUCAAGCCGUCUGCACAUUUGUUAAUGUGCAGACAAAGAAGUAUUUACUAACGAUUGCACUGCCCAAACUUAAAGAUUGACCUCUUUAGCGUCACUGCUGUUGUUUAAUACAUCGUCGCGAUUAUCACUCUGGGACAUAAUCAGGCGUCCCCAGUGCUUGUUACGUCUGUGAAUGGAAGUGAGCGAGGGCGAGCAGGAAAGGGGAACACAUUGAUGAAAUAAACGGAACACAUUGUGGCAGUAGACAAGAGAUUGUUCUCUGUUGAUUGUCACCGUUUUGUUUCUGUUCCUGUUCCUGCUCUCCAUUAACACCUACGUGCCAGGAUGCAAGGUUCUGUCCAAACAUCUAUUUUGGUCUUUCUUAUAGGGUCCCUUUAAGUUCAGCCCUGGUAUCAACAUCCGUCCUGUGAGUCCUGUGAAGGUCGUCUCUUCACGCCUGACUUUAAAUAACGUCCUGAAAGCGUCUCCUGUGACCACUUGUGAUAUGAUCUCACCUCCCCGCUCUUUAUGCAAAUAAUCAUGUAAUUUCUGUUCGCAAAGACCAAAUCACGUUGUUCAAAUCAUGUAAAUAUCUGUCUACUUGUUUAUGUUACAUCUUUAGGACCCUUUUCAGACUUGACCUCAUGGAGACCAAAGCCUGGUCCUAAUGAGGCCGAAUGUCAUAUCUGAGGUCCUGGUUAAGGUUUGGUUUAUCAUGUACUUUGUGGUUAGGGUUUGGUAUGAAUUAUUCAAGGUUAAAUUUAGUUAUAUAGGCUUUGGUUUGGCUGCCCACAAUGAUUGAAAGUCAAUGCGUUGUCCUAAUAAGGAUACCUGCGCAUCUUUACAAAUCAAUCUGAUUCUAACAACUGCCACAUGCGUACCAGAUCACAUCCAAAUGUGAUCGGAUCUCAAAUGUGACCUCAAUGCUUCUGUAUGCACUCACAUCUGUAUUUAGAGGUCAUGAUCAGCCAUUACAGAUGUGACAGAUUCCAGGUCAGAACAGUUUCAGUCCUUGAACACACAACGACACAUUUUCUGGAGUUGUUCACCCAGUUGUCAGAUCAGAUUUGAUGUUGUGAAUUGUAAUAUUCAGUUUGGAUGAUGUGUUACAAUCCUGAAACAAAAAAAACCGCACAGCUUCCUGCUUAUGCUCUAAAGUCAAAACUCAGUUAUCACUUUUUUCUCCUAAGAAAAUGAAGCCAUCAGCUUCUGUUCUUUGUCUUUUUCAUGUGAAUCUACCACAGGCUGGUAGAGGUCAGUCGGCCAACUGUGUGUGUGUUUCCUCUCCUGUGUUCUCUGUUUAUAGUAUUGCUUUUGGAAAAGGUUAUUACUGUGCUCUUUGCUUUUUAUGUGUCACUGCAUUUCAGAUAAGUCUGUAUAAUGAAGAUGCUCCACCUCCAUGUUUUGUUCCCGCAAAAAUAUAAUCUGUGUACAGUUUCUGAUCGAAAAAGAAAAGCAAUUAAAUGCUGUAUAAACAUACUUUUGGGCCUGUGGGAAACUAUAUAUAUAUAUAUAUAUGUAUACAAAAAUAAUCUGAAAAUGUCACAACGCAAUGUGUUACAAUGAUAAUCCGCCGUAUUGUGAUGACAAAUCGUGGAGCAGCCACAAUCCCUCCUGUGGUUAUACAAUCUGGACGAUGCGACUGAGAAGCUGUGUUUAUACGACACAGCUCGUACAAGCACAUGGCCUUGAACUCGGUUGACAUCACUAUAGCAGCAGCAUGAUGAAGACUGACCACCCAAACUUAAGUGUUACAGGCGUCCACUGUAAACCCAUGACCUGUUUGUCCACUUCACGUCCAUUACUGUGGUGGGUGACCUGUCCAAUCUCUUCAGUGAGUAGCUUCGUGAGUUGAGGGGAUUUUCUUUUUUGUCUGAUUUUUGGGGAAUUGUGUCGUCUGUAUUAAACUGUUGUUCAUAA